AUGCCAACGCGUUGGGUUGUGAUCUGUAUAGCGCUGGCACUCGGCCAAUUAGGAAAACCGGUAACAACAUCAGACAUCAAAGACAUGCUGAUUAGAGUGUUCGAUGCGAGUAAUAAGGAGAACAUCAAUAAGGUUUUCACAGUUCAAACCAAAGAUAAUGAGAUCAUUUUCGAGUCGGCCGAUGCUAAAACAGCAAGAUCUGCUGAUGGAAGGCCAGAGAACACCGUGGAGAUUAUGGUAGGGAGCCGUGGGGACAAACCCGCUCUGCAUACUAUAACAAACGAUAGCGGAGGUGUUGAAGUGAAAUCAAAGGCACAAUGGUAA